UUUCCCACUAAAAGAGUAAAAGACACUAAAAUUAAAUCAUCAAAAUCAAAAUCUCUAAAAUCAAAAUUGGCAUUUUCUCUCUCGAACUCUCGCCGGAGAGAUGCAACGGUUUCUUCUACCUUUACUCUUCCUUACACUAUCGCCGCCGGCGAUUUCUCAUUACUCUUCCUCAACCUCCUCUCCUUCUUCUUCCUCCGUCUCUUCCGACGCCUCAGAAUGGCGUCCAGCUCGAGCCACCUACUACGCCGCUUCCAAUCCUCGAGACGCGGUGGGCGGUGCGUGUGGAUACGGAGAUCUCGUCAAAUCUGGGUACGGUAUGGCUACAGUUGGUCUAAGCGAGACUCUGUUUGAGCGUGGUCAGAUCUGUGGUGCUUGUUUCGAGCUCAGAUGUGUUGAUGAUCUCCGUUGGUGUAUCCCUGGAACUUCAAUUAUUCUCACCGCUACGAAUUUCUGUGCUCCUAAUUACGGAUUUGAUCCAGACGGUGGUGGUCAUUGUAAUCCACCUAACAAACAUUUCGUGCUUCCGAUCGAAGCGUUUGAGAAGAUCGCUAUUUGGAAAGCUGGGAACAUGCCGGUGCAGUAUCGAAGGAUCAACUGUAGAAAGGAAGGGAGCAUGCGGUUUACAGUCGAUGGUGGAGGCAUUUUCAUUUCGGUUCUGAUCACCAAUGUUGCAGGGGCCGGUGAUGUAGCUGCUGUGAAGAUCAAAGGGUCGAGAACCGGGUGGUUACCUAUGGGUCGUAAUUGGGGACAGAAUUGGCAUAUCAAUGCUGAUCUCAAGAACCAAGCUCUCUCAUUUGAGGUAACUUCUAGUGACAGGUCAACUGUGACAUCUUACAACGUCUCCCCUAAAAACUGGAAUUAUGGACAGACCUUCGAAGGGAAACAAUUCGAGACUCCGUAAGACAGGGACGGGGGUGCAUUGAGAUAUCUCAUAAUUCUUUUUUUCCGGGUCAGAAUUUUUUGAUGGCAAGUAUAUCGAUCUUGGUCUAAGGUUAUCUUUAGGGUUGAAAAGGAAUGAACUUGGGUCAGACUU